CCCCCGCUCCCCGCCGAUGCCGCUGGGGCUGAGCCGCCGCAAGAAGCCGCCGCCGCUGGUGGAGAACGAGGAGGAGGCGGCGGGGGGCGGCGGCGGCGCCGGGGGCAGCGGGGCCGAGGCGGGGCCCGGGGGCAGCGGCGGGGCCGGGGCCGGGGCCGGGCCGGGGCCGGGGUCGGGGCCGCUGCGGCCGCGGCUCGCGUUCCACACGCAGCUGGCGCACGGGAGCCCCACGGGGCGCGUGGAGGGGUUCAGCAACGUCCGAGAGCUCUACGGCAAGAUCGCGGCCGCCUUCGGGAUCGCCCCCGCAGAGGUGAUGUUCUGCACGCUCAACACGCACAAGGUGGACAUGGAGAAGCUCCUGGGGGGCCAGAUCGGCCUCGAGGACUUCAUCUUCGCACACACGCGGGGCCAGCGCAAGCGCGUCGAGGUCUUCAAGUCAGAGGAGGCGCUGGGGCUCACCAUCACCGACAACGGCGCCGGCUACGCCUUCAUCAAGCGCAUCCGCGAGGGCAGCGUCAUCGCCCGCAUCCCCGUGAUCGGGGUCGGGGACGUGAUCGAGGCCAUCGAUGGACGCAGCCUCGUGGGCGCCCGGCACUUCGAGGUGGCCAAAGUGCUCAAGGAGCUGCCCCGCGGGCGGACCUUUGCCCUGCACCUCACUGAGCCCCGCAGGGCCUUCGACAUGAUCGCCCCAAGGGCAGGGGGGGGCCGAGGGGGGGGCACUCCCAUGGGCUCCGGUCGGGGCACCCUGCGCCUGCGCGCCCAUGGCCCCCCCACCCUCGAGGAGCAGCCCUCAGCCUUCGAGGAGCGUGCAGUGGCCAAGGUGGACGAUUUGCUGGAGAGUUACAUGGGCAUCCGGGACAGCGAGCUGGCCGCCACCAUGGUGGAGCUGGGCCGGGAUGCUCCGGACCCGGAUGCGCUGGCGCAGGCCCUGGAUUCCCAGCUCGGGGACUUCGCCUUCCCGGAUGAGUUCGUCUUCGACGUCUGGGGGGCCAUCGGCGAUGCCAAAGUGGGGCGCGGAUGAGGGGGACC